AGAGGGGCAGAGCAGGAACCCGCAGCAGCAGCAGCAGCACGAGCAGGAGAACACAGCGCAGGAGCCCGCACAGCCCGCACAGCCCGCACAGCGCGGUAGACCACAGGAGACGGACUGAGGAGAGUUCCAGCCCGGGCUGCGCCUCCUCCUCCGGCCACUGAAGAAAGGACACCGGUGCGUAAAGUUGCCGAGCCGAGCCGAGCCGAGCCGAGCGGCCGCCUGUCCUCCCUCCCCUCCCGGCCGCUCCAGCCUUCAUUCCCCCCUCAGAGGAACAGCUUUGCUCGGUUUGCUGGUUUCCAGCGUGGAUUUUUUUUUUGCUUCUCCCCCUGACUAACGAAGCCAUCCCGGAGCCUUUGUCUGCGGACGGUUGAUCCGCAGCGCGCGCCGCUGCCGCACACUGGAGGUCUCCCACAUGGAUCUGCUCUGACAACGCGUUUACCGCCACAUAUUCAAAUAAAUCCUAUUUAUUCAGACCCUUACUCACCCGCUUUCCCCUCCGUGCGCGUGCGGCUGUGUCCACAUUGUGUGAAUUGUAUUAUCUCAUAACAUUUUUUUGGACUCUUUUCACGACCGCUGAGAUUUUUUCGACUCAUCUUGCGGGAAUACAACCAUGAACUUUGUUGUCACUUUGGUACAAAUCCUUUUCGCAGCAGUUCUUCAUCUGUCCACUGUAAAGACUGCCAGCCUCAACAAGGGAGUGGAUAAGAGUAGAAAUGAGGUCCUUCAUGAUUUGGAGGUCAUCACCAAGAGCAUGUGCCAGCCCCGGGAGGUGCUGGUGGACAUCCAGGAGUACCCGGAGGACACGGAGCACACCUACAUCCCGUCCUGCGUGGUCCUCAAACGCUGCGGGGGCUGCUGCAACGACGAGGCCCUGGAGUGCGUACCGACGGAGACCCGCAACGUCACGCUACAGGUGAUGCGCUUGAGAGCCAUGGUAAGCAAACAUAGCUCACUAAGCUUCACAGAGCAUCAGAAAUGUGUCUGUAGAGAAAAGCCAGAAGUGGAAGCAAAGAAAGAAUACCACUGUGCGCCUUGCUGGAGAAGGAAGCGCUUGUUUGUGCAGGAUCCUUUCACCUGUCAAUGUUCCUGCAAAUUCACACAGUUAGACUGCAAGUCCAGGCAGCUUGAGUUAAACGAAAGAACUUGCAGAUGUGAGAAACCGAGGAGAUGAGACCAGCAACACUGUUAUGAAGGAAUUCUUUUCUUGGCACAGCACUUUUUCAAACGUGAGGAUGCAUUCCCUGCAAGGACACGAAGCGACAACGGAAGACGGGACAUUCUGAAUGCAGACCUCCACACGGUCCGUUUUCUGUCUAAAGAUAUUAAUAUAUGUGUAUUUACUAUACCACUCCGACAAUGUUUAUCGCUGCUACGUUAAAGAAAGAAAACUAAAUAUUUAAAGUGACGGAGACGCGCCGGCGACGUGUGAACAGGAAGCCCUUCAGCACCCGAGCUGGGAAAGAAGAUUUAUUUUAUGUAACACUUCACUGGAUGCUCAUCUGCUGUGGAUAUCUCAAGAGAUUUCUUCGCGACGACAAAACCGGCCACUUGGUGGCGCGGUGCAGCGGAAGCCAGAUGGCGCUCCGGCGUCUGAGGAACUUUCAAUGGCGGGUCCAGGAACUCUCUCCCCUGACGACAUGAUGUGAAGUUGGUCUCCACUGCACGGGGAAGCACGGGUUCUCCUCGCCGGGCCGACGGUUGGACCCGGAGCGGCCGCGGUCACGCGUCGUGGCGAUGAUAAUGUGAAGACGACUUUCCUCCCGAGCGAUGUCUCUCUUUUUUGUGCACAGAGUUUAUUAUUUACAUUUGGACGUGUGUUCCUGUCACACAACACAUCGAAACAAGGCUGUCUAAAGGGAUACUGUUGUAGGUAUAUACAGAGAAUCGAAGUAACUCGACAGGCUGAUCAGACGAGAUCGGCUCCACAGAAAUCCACCACCUUCCUUUUCUUUGACGGCGUUCCAAAAGAAGCAGCAGAGCCAUUCUGUCAAACGCGAUCUGUAUAUACUGCCAGGUAUCUCUUUGUAUAUGACACUACAUCUAAUUUAUAGAAUGUGUUCAGUAUUUUGUAAGAGGAUAUUUAUUUGCAGUGUUAAACUUAUUUCAUGUUUGUACUCAGCUGUUUUUGAUUUGCCCACACAUGGAGGGGUUUUGUUGUGGGGAGGGGGGGGGACUCUGACAUUCCACGUAAACUGAAGCUGUGUUUCUCAGCAGCUGGAGGGAAACAUAGCCGGGCCCGUUGGCCGAUAGAAACCCCGGGCACCGACAUGUGCAUGGGUGAUGUGCCAGCACAGGUGUUGUUCGUUCGGCGCUGGGAAAGCGGACAUGUGAUCUGGCGCCGUGCCAGAAGGCCCGUCGUGUGGAGGAGUCGCGCAGUCACUCGGUCAGUUCGGACCUAAUCUGAAGGAGAGCGUCGGCUCAGAGCGAGGCCUCUAGUUUGAGGGCAGCAGCCCGUCCGGUUCAGAUAAAUCAUCUUUUAUGUUAAACUGUUACCAUGCGAGUCGCCCUGCUUCACCGACGAGACGGACGACUGCAGGGAAAGUCCUGAGAAGUUUUACAAAUAGCACAGAGUGAGUCAUUCCAUCCCACUAACCAUUUAUCAGUGGACCCUCUAUCUUGUGUGCAAAAGUCGAAGCUUGUCAUGUCCCCUCUGUUUUCUGAUACAAGGGGGCGUGCAUUUAAAAGUGGGUGUGGCUUCGGGAAAACAAGCAACGCUCAAAAACACCAAAGUUACAUAAGAAGUUUACCCUUGACCCCUUCAUGCCAGAUGCUUUAGAACUUCAUGGGUUGUUUCAAGCUUUUAGACAGCUUCAACCGAACAUAACAGAGUAAGAAGAGAGGACAUAAACUUCCUUUCCUGCUCCCGACUCUGUAAUUUAACAUUAUUUAUGUAAAAUAUGAAGCUAAUUUGCCAUUUGUGAGAUUUUUCUUGUGGAAUGACCUAAAUGAAGAUAAAAUCAGGACUAUUUGAUAUUGAAAAUGUGGGUCAGAUUCUGCGUUGCGGCGCUCUGCUGUGUUAGCGCUGGUUCUGUUAGACGUGGAUUUCACCAGAGCAGAGUACAGAGAGAGAGGAAACAGUCCGGCACGCUCCCCGCUUCAGCAGCGUCUGCAGAAACCAGACUCAUUCUGAAGAGAUCAAUUAUUAACUUGUCAGUCCAGCGCUGUUGAUGGAAUGAGCGGCUUGUUGUCCACCAACCAAAGCAAUAAAUCAAAUCCACACACUGUCCCCUAAGUGUGUGUGUGUGUGUGUGUGUGUGUGUGUGUGGUGUGUGUGUGUGUGGUGUGUGUGUGUGUGUGUGUGUGUGUGUGUGUGUGUGUGUGUGUGUGAACCCCGUGAGCAAACAGGAGCUGCGACGGGAACCAGUGCAGACUGGAGUGGGAUAUUAAUCCCACGCCGACCUGCCACAGCUGUUCUGACCUGAGCGCUCAUCGUCACAGUGGGAGGUUCACGCCGACGCGCGGCGCCCGGUUCGAGUCCGGACCAGGCUCUGUCACCAAGAUGCAGGCUCACAUCCUCCUCUCUAUUUAUUCACCUGUUCUGCUGAGUCACAGCUCGUUUCUACGUUACCACUGGUGUGUGUGUGUGUGUGUGUGUGUGUGUGUGUGUGUGUGUGUGUAAGUGUAGCUCUCAGACUAGAGGCCCCUCAGGGUGUGUGUUUUCCCCCUCGGAGACCGGCUGCUGGCUCAGUGCCCUCGCUCAGCGCCGUUCCACUUCUUCUGUUUGUAUUUAAAUGACUUUUUUUUUUUGACUACAGCCACACAUUUUAGUAUAUUUCACAUUAAUAUAUUUAUUGCUGUAAAAUGUUUACAUGUUAAUAGUUGUUUUUAGUGAACUAUUAAAACAUAUUUAUUUUGAAAAUACAAUGUUUUUAUUAAA